CUGUUUCUUCAACAUACUCUCAACACUGAACUCGUGCUCUAUCUGCUCUAUCUCUGUCUUUCGCUUGACCCCGAAGCUUACCAAGUAUAGUUAUUGACUAUGGCAAUUCAGAAGCUUGCGUUGAUCUUCAAAAACCCUCAUAAUGACGACGAGUUUCUGCUCGUUAAACAGUCACACCCGCCAAAAUUUGAUCACCAAGAGUACGAUUCUUACGUCGAUUCUGAUCUGUGGGACUUGCCCUCCGCUCAAUUGAACCCCCUGCAAGGAAAAUCCGGGUCUCAAUGUGUCGUGGAAGUUGCAGAAUCGCGUUCGGAAGAGAUUGAUUUGAAAGAAUUCGACUUACGCUCGGCUUUUAACGAGAUCUUUGAACAAAUAGGCUUUGGGGCAGUUGAAAUGGGAGUGUGGAAAUACUACAAGUAUGUGAAGGAACCUGCAUUUGGACCUGACUUGCCCAUUCAAACGGUCUUCAUCACGGGAGUAUUGCCAGCCGAGGACCAUGACUUACGAGAUAUAUGUAGAUGGAUGUCUGUCCAGAGCUGUCUUAACUGGCUUUUGGAAGUAAAACCAUCUAGCAAACGUGUUGGACCAUUGGUAGUUGUUAGUCUUAUAAAUGACUCAUUAGGUUCUGCGAAGUGGAAAGUUCCUCCAACCAUAGGUUAUCAGGAGUAUCCUCCUGGUGUUGUGCUUAUACCUAUGAGAAGUAGGACCCAAAAGCCUUUUCACACGACAAACUUGGUGGUAUUUGCCCCAGACGAUGUUCCAAGUGAGUCUGGGGAUAAAAGUUUUAUUGCAUGUGGAGAUGCUCUGAUAGUUGAUCCAGGAUGUCUAUCACAGUUCCAUGAAGAGCUAUUGAAAGUUGUUGCCACUUUGCCGAGGAGAUUGAUUGUCUUUGUCACUCAUCACCACUAUGAUCAUGUUGAUGGUCUCUCGGUUAUCCAAAAGUGCAAUCCUGAUGCUAUUUUGUUAGCACAUGAAAACACCAUUCGUCGCAUAAGCAAAGAUGACUGGUCACUAGGCUGUACCUCAGUUUCUGGAGAUGAAGAAAUUAACAUAUGUGGUCAGACAUUGAAAGUUAUUUUGGCACCGGGACAUACAGAUGGUCACAUGGCGCUACUUCACGUGAACACUCAUUCAUUAAUUGUUGGUGAUCAUUGUGUGGGCCAAGGAAGUGCUAUCCUGGACACAACUGGUGGGGGUAAUAUGACUGAAUACUUCAAAACCACUUACAAAUUCCUUGGGCUCUCUCCACAUUCUUUAAUACCAAUGCAUGGAAGAAUAAACCUAUGGCCAAAGCACAUGCUGUGUGGUUAUCUCAAGAAUCGUAGGAGCAGAGAAGCAAAUAUCUUGGCUGCAAUUGAAGGCGGAGCAAGAACAAUGUUUGACAUUGUAGCACGCGUGUAUUCUGAUGUUGACCGUAGGGCCUGGAUUCCUGCAUCGUCAAAUGUGAGGCUUCAUGUGGAUCAUCUAGCCCAGCAAGAUAAGUUACCGAAGGAUUUUUCGGUUCAGAAGUUCCAAAACACCUGUGGGCUGCAUUUUGUUUCUCGCUGGAUAUUGGCUUACAUUACUGGUGGUUUCCGUAUAGAGAAACCUUCAUUUCUGAUUACUGGGGCUGUGGCUAUGGCUGCGGCUGGCUUUGCUGCGUUCUACUCAGUCAAAAAAGGAAGCCGCCCAAGUUGACAAUGAAUGAUCAGAGAACCUCGAGGCUUGAACUUUGGUGAUGUAAAGCACAUGCCACUAACUAGAUCACGUUUUUCACUCGUGAAAUUCCGUUUAUCUGAUAUAGCACCAGGACACCACCAACGGUCUUCUUCAAUAAGAUGAGUCAAUUUCAUAGGUUCACCUUA